CCGCACAACAACAACCACCAACACCCACCCAUCUCGCACCCGAUCUACAUUCUCACCGCCCGCACUCAACACACAACCCACUCGCACGCUCACCCACAACAUCCUACAACAAUGCUCUCCGGAACAGACGCAAACCCCCUCUUCGACGCCACCCCCACCACCGACCAACCCACAACCCAGGCCCAAGCAGACGCAUCCCAAACCCACCAACAACAACACCAGUCCGCCGCUGCUCAGAAACCGCUGUUUUCGGCGAAGCAUCCGCUGGGGAAGUUCCAGAAGUCCGGGAGCCAGUUCAGAAGCCCAACGGAUAACCUCAUGUCGCCGGCUACCAAGAAGGUUGAGGCGAAGCGGAACCACUUGUUGACCAAAAUCAAACCAAAAUCCCUCGCAAGCCAGUUCUCCCAGGCCGCCAAAGAUGAGGACCCGACGACUCCCAAAUGAAGAACUCACACGAAUACUCAUCCAUCCAUGCUCAGACGAGCGAUUCUCCCUCACUCGGCUCGUCGGAAAUACACAUAUCGAACGGUCUACAUGUACAAUGUACAUACCCCGCGGGGAUUCAUUAGAGGACCUUUAGUAGCUCUCCUUUUGUCUUGUUCACCCCCCUCACACCCACCCACUAUAUGUGAAGUGUACAGUCACUUGUUGAAACAACGUUUGGGUUAAAUGUCAUGUCAUUUUUUUUCGAA